AUGGUUCCAGUGCCAAAGAAGGACUCUUCUUGCUUUGCUGCCUUAUCCAAUCAAUUCCUCAUGAUCCCAUUUUGCAUGCCGAAACUGAUGAAGAUUGAGAUGGGUUUAGGAGGUGGGGUUUGGAAUGAUGGAGAUAAGGCUAUGGUUGCUGCAGUUUUAGGCACUCGAGCUUUCGAUUACUUGAUAUCGAGCUCGGUUUCUUCGAAUGAGAAUUCGUGCAUGGGUAUAGGGACUGAUGAAAAUUUGCACAAUAAGCUCUCGGAUCUUGUGGAGCCUCCGAAUGCUUCAAAUUUUAGCUGGAAUUAUGCAAUUUUCUGGCAAAUUUCAAGGUCCAAGUCUGGUGAUUGGGCUUUGUGUUGGGGGGAUGGUUCUUGUAGAGAGCCUAAGGAGGGUGAAGAGUCUGAAGCCACAAGAAAUCUCAAUCUUAGGCUUGAGGAUGAGACCCAGCAGACGAUGAGGAAGAUAGUUCUUCAGAAGUUGCACACUUUUUUUGGGAGCUCAGAUGAGUAUAAUGGUGCUCUUGGAUUAGACCGGGUCACUGAUACAGAGAUGUUCUUGCUUGCUUCUAUGUAUUUUUCGUUUCCAAGAGGAGAAGGGGGCCCUGGCAAGUGCUUUGCGUCUGGGAAGCAUGUCUGGCUCUCGGACUUGUUGAAAUCGGAGUCAGAUUAUUGUGUUCGAUCGUUUCUUGCUAAGUCUGCUGGAGUUCAGACAAUUGUUUUAGUCCCAACAGAUGUGGGUGUCGUUGAAUUGGGUUCAGUGAGAUGUGUAGGGGAGAGUUUAGAGUUGUUGCAAUCCAUAAGGUCACUGUUUUCGACUCAGUCCUCGCUCAUGAGGUCUAAGCCCCUGACAGGGUUCCCGGUGAUGGGAAAGAGGAGAGAUGAAAAUGCCCAGCUAACUAAUUUGAGCCCUGUGGAGAGAGGGGAAGGAGUUCCCAAAAUUUUUGGGCAAGAUUUGAACUCAGGCCGGCCUCGUUAUAGAGAGAAACUUGCCGUUAGAAAGGUGGAGGAGAGGCCGUGGGAUGUGUACUCAAAUGGGAACAGGAUUGCAUUUUCAAGUCCUCGAAAUGGUAUUCAAGGUUCAAGUUGGCCACAUAUUCAUGAUGCGAAACAGGGGAGCCCAACUGAGAUGUAUGCUUCUCAAAGUCCUGUGAAUAAUAUACAGGAGCUUGUUAAUGGGGUCAGGGAUGAUUUUCGUCUUAACCAUUAUCAACCACAGAAGCAGGUACCCAUGCAAAUUGACUUUUCAGGGGCCACUUCAAGGCCUUCUGUGGUUGCCCGACCUGUUGGUGCUGAUUCUGAGAACUCAGAUGCCGAAGCUCCAUGCAAAGAAGAGCGGCCAGGCACGGCUGAUGAAAGGAGGCCGCGAAAACGGGGCAGGAAGCCUGCAAACGGAAGAGAAGAACCCCUCAAUCAUGUGGAGGCAGAGAGGCAGCGGCGUGAGAAGCUGAACCAGCGGUUUUAUGCUUUACGAGCUGUUGUGCCCAACAUAUCCAAGAUGGACAAAGCAUCCUUGUUGGGAGAUGCCAUUUCUUACAUCAAUGAGCUCCAGGCGAAGCUUAAGGUGAUGGAAGCAGAUAGGGAGAACCUUGGGAGCACUUCAAGAGAUGCGUCAGCUUUAGGGGCAAAUCCAGGUAUCAGUAUGGAAAACCAGAGCCAGGCAACUGAUGUUGAUAUUCAAGCUGUGCAUGAUGAGGUUGUUGUAAGGGUGAGCUGCCCUUUGGAUUCCCACCCUGCAUCAAGAGUCAUCCAAGCAUUCAAAGAGGCACAAAUCACCGUUGUCGAGUCAAAACUUGCCGCAGCAAACGAUACUGUGUUUCAUACGUUUGUCAUAAAAUCUCAGGGUUCCGAGCCGUUGACGAAGGAAAAGUUGAUUGCAGCAUUUUCCCGGGAAUCCAACUCCUUACAGUCAUUGUCAUCGGUUGGGUAG